AGGAUAUUUGGAUAUUAUGUGCUAAAGGUGUCCCGCCUUCCCCACCCUACUAUAUAUGUUUAACUGUGUAAUAUAUGAUUGCUUUGGAUAUAGGUAACUCGUAGUUACUGUCCUGUUAUAUUGUUUGAGCAUAUACCAAACGACAAACAUGGAAAACCCAGAGGAAAAUAAAACAGCUUUACCCGGAUAUGCAAUGUCGCAUGAGAUGCAACCGAACACGGGGUUUCAGCAGCCACAAAUGCAACAGAAUAUGGGAUUUCAGCCUCAAAUGCAGCAGAAUAUGGGCCCCCAACAGCCGCAGUAUGUUACGCAAACUACAGUUGUAAACAAGAAUAGCUCUAUGGACGGAAUGCGACAAGCCAUUCCCCAACUACCAAUGCCAUUGGCUAUUUUUCUGUGUGUUGUCAACUUUAUCCUGCCGGGAAUUGGCACCAUUAUUGCAGCCUUCAGCGUGCUAUGCUGUGGUAAUGUUGGGGAAUCCGGUGGAAGUCGGUUUGGAACUUUCUGUAUUAACUUCUGGAUUGGGUUAGCACAGAUUGCGUUGGUAUUUUUCUUCAUUGGCUGGGUAUGGAGUAUUAUAUGGGGGUUUGCGUUCGUAGCUAUAUCAGCGGCGGACCAAGGACAAACAACAACAACUACACAAGUCCAGCAACUUCCUCCCCCGAAAGUUAUUAUGGCUUAAUAAGCUACGAUAUAACAACUCCGAGUGUAUUAUAGUAUGGUAGGGCGGGGUAAGAAGAUACAUGUUUUCAUUCUAUUUUAUCGUCCCAUUUAGUAGGAAACAAAGAAUUUUGGGAAAAUUAUAUAACCGUAUCCUUACAACACUAAAAGGAGCGUUGAUAAUUGUUAAAAACACGAUCAGGAAAUAUGGGAUAUUAUAUGCAAAUUGUAUCCCAUCUUACCCCACAUUACUAUAACCCCUUUAUUAGUUUAUAUAACCUUCCUGCAUAUUUAGAUUGGUGUAUUAGUGUGUUCUAUAUACUCUGCGUGUAUUUUUACGUAGCUUUUUACGUAAGAGAUUACGUAUAGUAGGGUGGGGGAGGAUGGGACACCUUUAUAUUCCAUUUUCUUGUCUCAUUUGGUGGUAAACAAAGAGCAUUCAAUAAGUUAUAAAACCGAUUCUUACGAAUGGACCGUUGUUAAUUGUUUAAAACACAGUCCGGAUAUUUAGAUAUUUUGUGCGAAAGGCGUCCCGUCUUCCCCCACCUUACUAACAUACAUUAAGUAAUACUGUGUUGUUUUUAAUACAAACAUAUGAUGGCCCAUUUUAUGAUACGAUUUUCUCUUGAGCGUUUGUUUAAAAUUCAAAACUCUGCAUUUGGUUGGUCAAGUUAAUGUUUAGAAAUAAUUGAUCAGUGAUUCCUACGAGACAUGAUGAAAACUUCUUAUAGGGAAAUAUUGUUAAUAACGUCGUAGUAUGAAUAUAGCGCAGGGUAAAGUAAACAAAUCAAUCAAAUACAAAGAAAGCGACGAU